AUGUCGUCGCCCCUCAAGAAACACCCCGAUGUCGUCGCCGAUCGGGUGCUGAAGCGGGCCGAGCUCAGUAAGAUGGCCCGCCUCCUGCAAAACCGCCUCGCCCUGGCCCAGUUCAAGACCAAGCAUAAUCUCGUGCACGAGUCGCUCGACACCAUCGAGCCACGCUUCGAAGAGGAGCUGCGUCGCCGUCGCCGCAUCAUGGCCGCCGCCGCCGACCCCGGCGACAUCCUCUCUGACUCGUCCUCCUCAGCUUCUGCCUCUGACCUGCCUUACCCCGCGCGCACUGCCUCUCUCAUGAGCUCGCCGCUUAAAGCAGGCCCUCUUUUCUCCGACGCCAUUGGCCCCAGCUCCGGCGGCGGCAGCACAGGGCACCACCGCAAGCGCACGUACAUGGCCUCGUUCGAGGACGCUUUACUAUCAUCCAGCCCGAGCAAACGCUUUCGACAGUCCCCAACCGCCCACCGAUCCUUCCCCUCCGCCUCCUCCUUCACAUACUCCUCUCCGAUCAAGCCGCGCCGCCAUCACCAACACUUUACCACGUCUACCGGCCCCGACCUCUCCUUUUACUCCUCCUCUCGCCAUAGCACCGACCUCCUGCCCCCAACCAACUUCGCCGCCGGAGCCUCCGACGACGACGAUGAUGACGAAGACGAUCUCCCGCUGCACUCCUUCCACGCCGGCGGCUCCUUGCACUCUUCCCUGCGCGCCUCGCCCCCGCGCACACCCCCCAUGCGCUCGCGUGCCCUGCAACGCCACAAGAAAGACAAGGCGCCCACCCUGCCGACGAUGCCCGACGUCCGGACGCCGACGACAAGCACCGCCGGCCCGACGCUCUCCACCACAGGCGAAGAAGGCGCCGAUUUAUUAUUGUAUCUCGCCACAUCACCUUCUCCAGCUGUUCCCUUACGUACAACGCACUCCCUGAAUAGCAUAGCAGCAGCAGCAUCCCGCAUGGACCCGCCCUCAACCCCCCCGCCGAAGGCGAAACACCUGAACGCAAACCCCUCCACAGCUACGAAUAACGGGGCGAACAACAACCCGGGUGCAAGCAGCACGAACAGCAAAUUGGACCUCCCCUCCUCAAUGAUGACGACCCCCGGCGGGCGGAAUCCAUACCCUGCUACGCCCGGGCUAGGAUUCGAUUUUGCCGAAUUCUUGCACAUGACGCCGAGUCCGGCGCCGACGAAGGCUUGGAAGACCCCGGCGGGGACAAAAACGCCAGGGGGAAUUCAGGCUAACAAGACGCCGAGGUUUGGGGGGAGGGGGAGGAGGCUGGAUUUUUGGGGAGGAGGGGGCUGGGAAUGGGAAUGGGAGUGA